AUGAAGAAGGCGUUCGACCGCAUCCCUUGGGGAAACCUGUGGUGGUACUCCAGGAGUAUAGGGGGGAUCAAACUGUCUGGACUUUUCCCUUUGAGACCCUCCAUCACCAAUCAAAACUUGUUUCCAGCUCUGCAAAAUAUCUCAGUUGGCUCCUACUCUGAGUCUUCUGUGGAAACUUGGAAAGACUCGAAGAGAAGCUCUGACAAAGUAUUCAUCGCCACUUCAUCCAGGGUGUUAAACUCUCAUACCUACAGAAUUAACCACAAAGCAACCUGUCGCCCAAAGUCUCAAAUUGUUUUCCUCAAGACACACAAAACAGCCAGCAGCAGUGUCCUAAACAUUUUAUAUCGUUUUGGUGACAGCAAGAACUUGACCUUUGCUCUCCCUCUGAAGAAACACAGCCAAAUGUUUUACCCAUUUUUCUUUGAUUCACGUUUUGUUAAAGGCUUCAGCAGCAGAAGUGGGAGAGAUUUCAACAUCAUGUGCAACCACAUGAGAUUCAGAAAAUCUGAGGUGGCAAAAGUGAUGCCUGCAGACACAUUUUACUUUUCCAUCCUGAGACACCCUGUAGCUAUGAUGGAGUCCAUCUUUACUUACUAUAAGAACAUCCCAGCAUUCCAAAAAGCUCACAGCCUAGAGGACUUCUUGAACACCUGCUGGAAGGACUACGAACCCUCAGUGAGAAACAACCACUACGCCCACAACAUCCUGGCUUUUGACUUUGGCUUUGACAACAACAUAGCACAUGGAGCCAAAGACUUAGAUGAGAGAGCUGCCAUGGCUGUUACAGCAAUAGAAAGGGACUUCCAUCUUGUUCUGAUUUCAGAUUACUUUGACGAGUCCAUGAUCUUGCUCAAGCACGCCCUUUGUUGGUCCCUGGAAGAUGUGAUUUCCUUCAAGCUGAACGGUCGUAGUGAACAAACUCGCCGCAAAGUUUCACCUGAAACGGCAGCAAAAAUCAAGCAGUGGAACGCUUUAGACUGGAGAAUUUACCUGCACUUCAACUCCACCUUCUGGCACAAGGUGGAGAGCCUGGUUGGGCAGGAGCAGAUGAAGUGGGAAGUAUCUCAGCUGAACAGGUUACGGGCCAAACUAGCAGACACCUGUCUACAAGGUGGAAGAGCUGUUGAUCCAUCAAAAAUUAAAGAGCCAGACCUGAAGCCGUUUCAGUACGGAGACGCUGUGAUUCAGGGCUACAACUUAAACUCACAUCUACUCAAAGAAACCAAAACUAUUUGUAAGAGGCUUAUAACUCCUGAACUGCAGUACACAAAUAAUCUAUACACGAAGCAGUUCCAGGCAUAG